AUGACGACAACAAUAAGAGCAUACAAAGGACUAGUGACAAAAAGGAAUGAUGUGGCACUGAACUGGCUACAAGAGUCGGCUCAGCUCCUUGAAAGGAUAGAACAAGGAGGCGUAGCAGCGCAAGGCGAACGAGCCAAGGAGAUCACGAUGGACAUCACCACAUGCGAGGAGUACAUAGAUCUUCUGGAAGCUUCAGUAACCAAGUUAACGAAAGCCUUCGACGGUCUACAAGACGCCACCGACGAAGAAGAAGAUCAACUAGACAACGCUACGAUAGAUCACCACCUAGAAACCACAGCAAAUGAUGACGACAUGGCCCCGGAAAUAAGAAGGAAUUUGUACGUGGACAACUUAUUCUUUGGUGCACAAUCUUCAAAUGAAGCACUUCUGAAGUAUGCACACACAAAGAAGCUCUUCCAAGAUCUCAAAAUGAACUUGAGGGAAUUCUGCUCCAAUGACAAAACCUUCUCCAACGCCAUUGAUGAGGCCGACAAGAUGAAAUCCACCUGCCCCAAGGUCCUAGGCAUCGCAUGGAAUUCGGAAACGGACAAGUUCAUUAUCAAAGGCUCGAUGACAACCUUGAAGGGAAAAGAUACCAAGCGAACAGUCACACAACAACUUGCUUCUGUGUAUGAUCCAAUGGGAUUUCUGGUGCCUCUACUACUACCGGCAAAGAUAUUCAUGCAGUCACUAUGGAAGGAAGGAUUAGAUUGGGACACACUGCUUCCAGCGCAACUGCGUGAUCAGUGGCAUCAAAUAACAUCAGAAAUUGCAACAUUUUACAAGGAAGUGAAUAGACGAAUUCUCAGCAAAUCCGAUGGCUACAGACUUGUCGUCUUCACUGAUGCUAGCCAGUGCGCAAUAGCAGCAUGCGCAUAUCUCACCUCUCAAGAAGAAUCCAGCAUCAUAAUGGCAAAAUCCAAACUUCCAUCUAUCAAAACUUCAAUGACGGUUCCCAAGUUGGAGAUGAAUGCACUAACGCUGGGCGAAGUGAUUCUAUACACAGACUCGGAUAUCGUGUUAGGGUGGAUAAGAACCCCUCCAUCGCGACAAAGCGCAGGCAUUUUAGUUACAAACCGAUUAUCAGAGAUUAGACGAAUCAGCAAUGAUCUCCGCAGUCAAAGCACCACGUGUCUCUUCGGACACGUCUCAACGGCAGAAAAUCCAGCCGAUUGCGGAACAAGAGGACUAUCAGCAGAAGCUUUACAGAACCAUAUCUGGUGGACAGGACCUGAAUUCACCAACAAACCGGAUCAUUCAAAGCUGAGUACGGUUGCUGAUUUCGAACAAUCGACAAUGAUAUCAGUGGAGGCAGUAACUCUAAACCCGUCAGAAGAGGUAUCUAAGGACGAAGUGGUUGACUUGAGCAGAUACAGCACCCUUGAGAAAGCUCAGAGAGUGCUAGUGUAUGCACUUCGAUUCAUAAACAGAUCCCUGAGUCAUUUUCCCCACGAAAGAAGAUUGGCAAUACAACAACACAUACCGGCUCUCAAGGAAAUUUCACCGUCACAAACCAUCACCGGGAUCGAGAUGCACGAAAGUCGAAUGUGCUUGAUUCGAGACCAUCAGAAGAACUAUGUGAACGAGCAUCAGAUCAAGUCGCAGAAGGAACUGAAUAUCCGACAAGACGAAAAAGGAACCCUGCGCUGUUACGAGCGUCUACAGCAAGCAGAUGUACCAGUAACGGCAAAAACACCAAUCUACAUUGCACCCAAAACUAUCCCUGGUUAUGCUGAUGACAAUUACGACAAUCAUUACUAUGAUUUAUCUUGGAGUGCGAACCUCAAGAACUCUGAAGCAAAGUGCCUCAAGCAAGAAAACAAUCACUCUUCAAAGGCAAAUGCUCAUAGCUUUGACAAUCCAGGCACUGCUUCCUUGUGUGCUGGCAUUCAUACCUCGCUUCAUAAUGAUUUUUUCCGUGCUUAUGGAACUCUCGAUACCGGGGUUAUCAUCUUCUGUCGAAUCAUCGAACAAUGUUAG